AUGGACACCUUCCUCUUCACCUCCGAGUCCGUGAACGAGGGUCACCCCGACAAGCUGUGCGAUCAGAUCUCUGACGCGGUGCUGGACGCCUGCCUGGCCCAGGACCCCGACAGCAAGGUGGCCUGUGAGACCUGCACCAAAACCAACAUGGUGAUGGUCUUCGGCGAGAUCACAACCAAGGCUAACGUCGACUACGAGAAGAUAGUCCGUGACACCUGUCGCUCGAUCGGAUUCAUCUCUGACGAUGUGGGCCUCGACGCCGACAACUGCAAGGUGCUGGUCAACAUCGAGCAACAGAGCCCUGAUAUCGCUCAGGGUGUCCACGGCCACUUCACCAAGCGGCCGGAGGAGAUCGGCGCCGGCGACCAGGGCCACAUGUUCGGCUACGCCACGGACGAGACCCCCGAGCUGAUGCCCCUCAGCCACGUCCUCGCCACCAAGCUCGGGGCCCGCCUAACCGAGGUCCGCAAGAACGGCACCUGCGCCUGGCUCAGGCCAGACGGCAAGACCCAGGUCACCGUUGAGUACCGGAACGACGGCGGCGCCAUGAUCCCGCUCCGCGUCCACACCGUCCUGAUCUCCACCCAGCACGACGAGACCGUCACCAACGACGAGAUCGCCGCCGACCUCAAGGAGCACGUCAUCAAGCCCGUCAUCCCCGAGAAGUACCUCGACGAGAAGACCAUCUUCCACCUCAACCCCUCCGGCCGCUUCGUCAUCGGAGGCCCCCACGGCGACGCCGGGCUCACCGGCCGGAAGAUCAUCAUCGACACCUACGGCGGCUGGGGCGCCCACGGUGGCGGUGCCUUCUCCGGCAAGGACCCCACCAAGGUGGACCGCAGCGGGGCCUACAUCGUCCGGCAGGCGGCCAAGAGCGUGGUGGCCGGCGGCCUCGCGAGGCGGUGCAUCGUCCAGGUCUCCUACGCCAUCGGCGUGCCUGAGCCCCUCUCCGUUUUCGUGGACUCGUACGGCACCGGGACGAUCCCCGACAAGGAGAUCCUCCAGAUCGUGAAGGAGAACUUCGACUUCCGGCCAGGUAUGAUGACCAUCAACCUCGACCUCAAGCGAGGCGGCAACCGCUUCAUCAAGACCGCCGCCUACGGCCACUUCGGCCGCGACGACCCAGACUUCACCUGGGAGGUCGUCAAGCCCCUCAAGUCCACCAAGACCGCCUCCGCCUAA